GGUCCGCGCCGCAGCGGGUGCCGUGCGACUUCCGCUCGGCCAUCGACAGGCAGCGCUCGCACGUGGACGAGAAGGGCCUCAAGUGGACGAGCGCCCCUGAGGAGUCGCAGGACGAGGCGCUGAGAAGAGAGGCGGAGCACCACGAGGCAGGCCGGAGGGCCAUGGCGGAGGCCGAGCGGAAGGCCAAGGAGGAGGCCGAGCUCAAGGCCAGGGAGGACGCCGAGCGGAAGGCGAGAGAGGAGGCCGAUCGCAAGGCCGCGGAGGAGGCCGAGCUCGAGGCCGCGGAGGAGGCGAAGCGAAAGGCCAGGGAGGAGGCCGAGCUCAAGGCCAGGGAGGAGGCCGAGCAGAAGGCGAGGGAGGAUGCCGAGCAGAAGGCCAGGGAGGAGGAAGAGCGGCAGGCCGCGGAGGAGGCUGCCCAGGAGGCAGCGGAGGAGGAGCACACAGAGGAGGGCAAGGUAGAUGUGAAGGGGAAGUCCGUGAAGUGGCGCGUCGGGCUGACGAACUUCCCCAGAAUAGAGGAGUUCGAGAGCCCGGCCUUCCACCUGGGAGACUACGGGCCCGUGCACCUGCGGCUGCGCGGCACUGGUGGCGACGAGUGCCAGCUGUCGCUGCACGCGGAGGGCGCGCGCCCCAGCGGCGCGAGGCGCCGCCCGCGCCUCUCUUCUCCGCGGGGAGGCCUUGGCGCUGCGGGGAGUGGAGGGACGGCGACGACAUGCUGACGACCUUCCACGUCAGCCUCGUCGGGCGACCGUCCAUCCUGUGCGGCAUCGUCUACCACAUACCCUGAGCGAAGUUUUAAGCGCGACGCGCGCUAGAUGUAGCCGUGGACAUUGCGGUUGCUUGGCGGGGGUGGCAGUAGCAAGAGGCCAGCGCGGAGCUAGAGAAAACCAGGCUUCCGUCGCCGUGGUUCUUCAGGGCCGGGUCAACAAAGAGAGCUCUCGACCACGCCCCUGGGGCUGGCCUUCCC